AAAAAAAUCUUACCAGAACAACUGACUCCUGCACCUCCUUCUCCUCAUUCUUCUCCUGAGGGUGACAGUGGCACUACGCAGAUACUUAAAGAUGGAAUUAGUUUGUCUGGUGCAACUGCAACAGUUAUAUCCACAGUGUGUGUUUAUGUCAACAAGCAUGGAAAUUCUGGGCCUCACCUGGAUAAGAAGAAAGUUCAGCAGCUUCCGGAUCACUUUGGACCAGGUCCUGUCAAUGUUGUACUUCAGCAGUCUGUACAGGCUUGUGUGGAUUGUGCCUAUCAAUCCAAAACGGUCUUUGGAUUUCUGAAAUCUGGCCAUCAUGGAGGGGAAAUGAUAACUGCUUCCUUUGAUGGGGAAAAGCACGCCAUCAAUCUUCCUUCUGUAAACAGCGCAUCGUUUGUCCUCCGCUUCUUGGAGAAACUCUGCCACAGCCUGCAGUGUGAUAAUCUCUUUAGUAGCCAGCCUUUCAGCCCGUACAUGGGAUGUGCCCAUAGUCCUAUGGAGUACGAUAGGAACAAACCAGCAAAAGAAGAAAUACCUGAAAGCAGGAGUGCUAAACGAUACUCUCAGGACUCUCCACCGUACACUGCUCCUCUUUCUCCUAAGCUUCCCAGAAAUGACGCUCAUCCAUCUGAAGCAGAAACAUUACCUGUAGAAGAAAACAGCACUUCCAAAGAACACCGAUUUUCUGAGGACUCUAUGGAUUCUGCACUUAGUUCUGUAAAUCCUUCAAGCCCUGCCCGUCGAAAUUCCACAGAAUAUCGUACUUCAGGGAGUGCAGCAUAUUACAGAAAUUCCCUUCAGCCAGUGACUGCUACCUCAAAUUCAGCCCCAAUCCUGCGCAGGCUGUCCUUGAGCUCUGCUGGGAGCAGCGGUUACUAUGAAGUUAGUAGGAAUCGAAUACAGAGGCGGAUUGAAGCUGCAAGUUCCACGACUGGACCAGAUCUGAAUUCACUGAAAAGGGAACCUUCAAGAAUAUUGAAUAAGGAUCCUUCCACCUGGUCAAUAGAGGAAGUAAUGCGUUUUGUGAAAGAAGCUGAUCCACAGGCACUAGCUCCACAUGCAGAACUCUUUAGGAGACAUGAAAUUGAUGGGAAGGCACUGCUCUUACUGAGGAGUGAUAUGAUAAUGAAAUACAUGGGACUGAAGCUGGGGCCUGCCCUAAAGUUGUGCUACCACAUUGAAAGACUUAAACAAGGGAAGUACUAGCCAGUGGGGAUACCACAAAUACGUGUGUUCGUAUCACACUAAGCUCUCAGGUUCACAGACAUCGUCUUUAUUUGAAACUAUUUUGCUAAUAUAAAUAAUCUUUAUUUUUUAAAAGUGCUCUCAAAAUGUAAAAAA